GUAUUAACUGUCGAACAACUGUACACUUACUUUAUUAGAUUUUAUCUGAAGCCAGAUAUAUCUUAACUAAAUGGAUGCGAUGCCUUUAUUUGGAAAGGAGAUGAAGGAAAAGGAGUUUCCUCUGACGGAAGGAGUAACAUUCAUAAACCAUGGAUCUUACGGGGUUGUGCCGAGACGGAUAAAGGAAGCUCAAAGAAAAAUUAUAGAUGAAAUGGACAGUUCACCAGAUUUAUGGUUCCGAAGAAAUAGAAGAAUAAAACAAGACGAAGCAAGACAUUGUAUUGCAGAGUUUGUUCAUGCUGAUCCAGACGAUUUGGUUUUUGUCCAAAACACAACAUCAGGUGUCAAUACAGUAUUAAAGUCAAUGAAACUGAAACCAGAAGAUAUCAUCUUGUAUAAUGACAAUACAUAUCGUGCUGUCGUAAAUACGUGUGAAGCGACUGCACAGUUCUCUUGUAUCGCAGGUGUUCGCACAGACUUGUUAACACUACAAUUUCCAAUUAACAGCGAAGAGGAAGUUGUUGAAAUGUAUAGGGAAUAUUUUAAAAAGCAACCUAAUGUGAAAGUAGUUGUACUGGAUCACAUAACUAGUCAAUCAGCCAUUAGAAUGCCUUUAGAAAAGUUAAUACCUUUGUGUAAAGAAUAUGGAGUAAUGACAUUAAUAGACGGAGCACAUGCACCCGGACAGAUUCCCCUUAAUCUGAAGGAGCUUGAUGCUGAUUUUUAUUCAGGAAAUCUUCACAAGUGGCUAUAUACUCCUCGAGGUUGUGCGAUAUUGUAUGUGAAGAAGGAACAUCAAGAUUGGGUUAGGCCAACUGUCACAUCUCAUGGUUAUAAAACCACUUUUCAAAAUGAUUUUUUCAAACAAGGAACACGUGAUGAUAGUCCAUAUUGUGUUGUACCGGAGGCAAUACAAUUUUAUAAAGAUCUAGGAGGCUACGAAAAAAUAAGAGAUUAUACUGAUGAUUUAUUGAACACAUCUACAGAAUUACUCUCUUCCUCUUGGAAGACAGAAAAACUGCAAAUACCAAAAUCAAUGGAAGCACCUUUUAUGAGAUUGGUUCGGCUACCAGAAUUAAAGCAAACAUCAUCGAUGAAUAGUAUUGAUGAUGGCGAAAGACGUAUUGUAGAAAUCAUCGUAAACUAUGGUAUAGUUCCAUGUAUUACCUUCGUGGACGGUAAAGCCUACUGUCGACUGAGUGCCAAUGUUUAUAAUACAAAGGAUGACUACAAGAUUUUGUGUGACUUAGUACUUAAAAUGAUUAAUAAAUAGUA